CAAUGUCCCCUCGAUGCACCUCCAAUUGAUCCGCUCACGCUACGAAACGGAGACAUGGACAACAAACCUCAACAUUAACUUUGACCUAUUCUGCCUUGAGCCUCUGGUCUCAAGAGUCAUUCCUCAUCGUCAAAGUCGGUGUAACCAUUUCUAAUCGAACAUACUUGCGACAAACACAAUUUGGGCGAUAUGCCUGCAGCAACGGCUGAGGCUCCGGCCGUGUCAAUGUCUUUUGCCAACAACUUCUGGGGCAAAGAUGAUGCUGGCGUUGGCCCGCUUCUCGAGCGCAUGCAAGGCGCAAAGCAGACAUGUGACGAACUGAGGUCAUUCUACGCAUCUCGCGCGUCCAUCGAAGAAGAGUAUGCUAGGAAACUACUCAGUUUGACGCGCAAGGCUCUAGGAUCACAAGAAACAGGGUCGCUGAAGACAUCCCUCGAUACGCUGCGCGGAGAGGUGGAACAAAUGGGGAAGCAACACCAAAGUAUUGCUGCCCAGAUGAAGACUGAACUGGAAGAACCACUGGCAGCUUUCGCAGGCGGCAUGAAAGAGCGCCGCAAAAUUGUACAGAGCACAGUUGAGAAGCUGCUCAAGACAAAGAUCCAACAAACGCAGCAAGUCAACAAGACACGAGACCGAUUCGAACAGGACUGCCUCAAGAUCAAGGGGUACCUGGCCCAGGGCCAUAUGGUCAUGGGGCAGGAAGAGCGCCGCAACAAGGCCAAACUCGAAAAGACACAAAUCAGCGUUGCGAGUACCAAUACCGAGUACGAAAGCGCGGUCAAGAUUCUUGAAGAAACCACGGCGAGAUGGAAUCGCGAGUGGAAGGCCGCUGCCGACAAAUUCCAGGACUUGGAAGAGGAGCGCCUGGACUUUACGAAAAGUAGCCUUUGGACUUUCGCCAACAUCGCCUCGACUGUCUGUGUCAGUGACGAUGCAUCCUGCGAGAAGGUCCGGUUAUCAUUGGAAAAGAUGGACGUCGAAAAGGACAUUGUCAGCUUCAUCAAGGAAGCAGGCACAGGUCAGGAAAUCCCGGAUGCGCCCAGGUACAUCAACUUCUGUCGCGGCGACGUCAACGACAACGUCUCGGACUAUUCAGAUGAUGAGAACUACCAGGUGGCCCAAUUUUCUCGAACUAUCAACCCGGCCUUUAGAAGUUCCUCGCCUCAGCCGUCAACAUUUGAGUCGCACCACGACCCGAACUCGCCACUGGCGAACAAGUUGGCACAUAGAGAACCGGUCAAUCCAAGCAGCCGCGAGAACGUUGCGGGAACACAAAUGCAACCACAGGCUGCCCAGCCCGCGGCCGUACCAACACAACUAGAAGAUCCCUAUCGUGGAUUGCCCGUUCAAGCUACAGCUCAACCUCCAGCUCCAGCGCCAGUUCAAGCUCAACCUCCGGCACGACCACUGGACCAUCAACUACAGCGACAGCCUGAACCAGCGCAGCGGGGCUACGACGCCAGUCAGCACGGUCCCGUCGCAGCAGUACCACAUGACCCGUAUCCGCAGGAUGGUAUGACCAUGUUGUGCCGCACGGGUCCUGUCGGGCCUCCGUCCGACCGCAGCUCUCAGUUGACCUCGAACCGACCAUCUAGCCGCGAUGAGAACAGCGAAUAUAGUAACCCAACUUCUCUAUCGAGCUACGACCCAGCCAGCGGAGCACCUUCGCCCACAAAACAGGAGCCUGUGUCUGUGCCGGAACCCGGUCCCGAAAAACGCAUAUUCAAGAAGAAGAGUGGCUUCUUCCAAAACCAUAGUCCAUUCCGCCGCAAAAGCGUCAAAGACGUGCACCCUCCUGCCCUGGUCAACCGAAACACGUGGCACCCGGCACCUGCUCAAAAUGCCACAAGCCCUGUGCGGCGACCGCAGAUGUACGCCAACGACGGUUCAACAGCGCAGUCUAGAAGCUUUGGUCAAGAGAGAGGCCCCAGCCCGGAGCCGAUCGAUGCAAAUGCCAGCGUGGCUCUCGGCGUAGGUCAGAACGUACUGCCAGUGGAAACUGGGCGAAAGCAGGCCUCAGCGUCGAAGCCUGCUGCCGACGAAAAUGAUCCUAUAGCCCAAGCACUUGCUGAACUUAAGGGUGUAACUUUGGGGAAGCAGUCCUCGGUUCGGAUGUCAGCUGAUCACUAUCACGGCAUCGCCACACCAGCGCCAGGCACUGAGGCAGCGUCUUCUCGCUCCAUUCCAAAUGUGGGUGGAAGGAGCACCGCGACCCCGACUCGGAGUGAUCCUCCGCCUUCAUAUCAGCAGCCAGCUCAGCAGACUCCUGUCUCCAGGCUGGGCGUUCCUGCGCCCGCUGUCACCUCCAAGGCGAUGAAGGAGGCCACAAAGAAAGCGACAAACCAGGCCCGCAGCGUCUACGGCGACUCUGGUAGAGGUGACAGAGGCGGCUUCUCUGCAUCUCCUAGUUCCCGGCCAGCUACUCGGGGCAACGACAUGCCUCGGGCGGCUUCGCCGGCCCCCACACGCAGUGCCUCACCGCAGCCGCAACGCCAUGACCCCGGACGCCGCGAUUAUCACACACCAUCCCCGAAGCCAUACUCGGGCCGCCAGUCGCAAGGCUCGACGUAUGGAGGUGAAUCGGGCCGUAACUCGGGAGACUAUUACCGUCAAGCAUCUCCCAAUGACACAGGGAGAGGGGAAUCGCCAGCGCCUCGCAGGAAUACUUACCAGCAGCCUCAGCAGCAGCAGCAGCAGCAACGCCCACAGAGCAGCUACAGCGGCAGUAAUAUGGCUGUCCAACUUGCCCCGGCGGGUGAGCAAGCCUAUGGCUCCCAGAGAGGAAGAGGCUCGGGCCGGCCGGAGUCCCGCGCCAUGGGCUUGUACGAUGGCGACACGCGCCAGCGCAGCAAGAGCGUGGCAGACCCAGCACGCCAGUACACAUCUGAUGGCCGUCCUAUCCUCCACUAUGCUCGCGCGAUGUACAUGUACCAGGCGGCCAUCCCCGAGGAAUUGGGCUUUAAUAAGGGCGACUACCUUGCUAUCUUGCGCCACCAAGACGACGGUUGGUGGGAGGCCGAAUUGCAUGGAGGAAAUGGCCGUAUCGGGCUGGUCCCAAGCAACUAUGUCGAUCCGUGUUAAAUAAUGAUUGGUAUAUGAGGUGGUAUAUGGAGUGGAAAGGGUUUGUACAUAUGGGUUGAUUUCAGCGCUUGGAUGUAUAUGCCCACAAUUUGCUUUUGUGGCGUUGGUAAGCGUUACGAUGUAUGUAGAUGACAGAUUGUACCUAACUCGAACUUUUCUUUCUCGAUAACUUGCUCCCUUUCCUUGAAACAGUGGCGCACCGGGUCCUUGGGCAUAACGAGGCGACUC